GCCAAGCCACCAGCAGCAGCAGCCAUGCUCAGCGUAGCAUACGGGUAGCACUCCUAUAUACACACACAUUCCUGUCAAGUCAUCCUGCAGGCUGCUUCCAGCUUGGCUUGAAUGUGCAGUCUUAAUAAAACUCACUGGGCUCUGGGAGAAAAUAGCAGUUCUCCAGCAGUGAGUGGAGAGGAGAGGGACCAGGCUAUGCAUGUGCAGUGGACUGGCUAAUCUCUGGGCGGCCAAUGAGAGCCAAACAAUAGAGCCUGCCAUGCACUAAGUCUAUCUAUUGGGGCUACAAAGAGACAUAUCCCAGAGGGGUGAAAUAAAACUGGGCACUCACUUCCCAGACUUUUUUUCUCCCAAUUUCACCUGAUUUUUGUUUUUUCAUCAUUCCAUAAGGAUUUUUAUUUUGCAUCAGAUAUGGUAUAUGUGGCUUUUAUCCUAUGGUGGGCUGCUGCCCUGAUGGCUAACGUUGGAUGUAGCAUGCAGAAGAAAGGCACAGACAGCAAUGGGAGAAGAUACAGCCGGAUCCAGCAUGGCCAGUGCACCUACACAUUCAUUCUGCCUGAGCAAGAGGCCAACUGCAAGGAGGGCAGCAGCAGCAGCAGCACCACGGAGCAGUACAACAGCAAUGCUCUGCAGAGGGAUGCUCCGCAAAUGGAUCAGGAUUUCUCUUCCCAGAAACUCCAGCAUCUGGAACUGGUGAUGGAAAAUUACACUCAGUGGCUGCAGAAACUGGAGAACUACAUUGUGGAUAACAUGAAGUAUGAGAUGGCCCAGAUGCAGCAGCACGCAGUUCAGAACCAUACGGCCACCAUGCUGGAGAUAGGGACAAGUUUACUGAGCCAAACUGCUGAGCAGACAAGAAAACUUACAGAUGUUGAAACACAAGUUCUUAAUCAGACGUCACGACUAGAAAUUCAGCUGCUGGAAAAUUCACUGUCUACUUUCAAAUUAGAAAAACAGCUCAUUCAGCAAACGAAUGAAAUUGUAAAAAUCCAGGAAAAAAACAGUUUGCUAGAAAACAAAAUGGUGGAAAUGGAAGAGAGACACAAGGAUGAACUGAAUACCAUAAAAACAGAAAAGGAAUCUUUGCAAAAUCUAGUGUCCCGCCAGAUUUACAUCAUCCAGGAGCUGGAGAAGCAGCUGAAUAAGGCAACAAACAACAACAGCAUCUUGCAGAAACAGCAGCUGGAGCUCAUGGAGACGGUGCACAACCUCGUUAAACUCUGUUCCAAGGAAGGAGUAACCUUAAAGAAUGUGAAAAAGGAAGAGGAGAAGCCAUUUAGAGACUGUUCGGAUCUGUUCCAUGCUGGAUUUAACAAGAGCGGCGUAUACACUAUUUACAUCAAUAAUGUAUCCGAACCUAAAAAGGUUUACUGCAACAUGGACACGGCAGGUGGAGGCUGGACAGUAAUUCAGCACAGAGAAGAUGGGAGUGUCGAUUUUCAGAGAGGCUGGAAAGAUUACAAAGUGGGGUUUGGAAGCCCAUCUGGUGAAUUUUGGCUGGGGAAUGAGUUUAUUUUCGCACUAACCAGCCAAAGGCAGUAUUCUCUGAGAAUUGAUUUAACGGACUGGGAAGGAAAUCAUGCACAUUCCCAGUAUGACCGGUUUCACAUAGGAAAUGAAAAGCAGAACUACAGAUUAUACUUAAAGGGCCACAGUGGGACAGCGGGGAAGCAAAGCAGUCUAAUCUUGCAUGGUGCAGACUUCAGUACAAAAGAUGCAGACAAUGACAACUGUAUGUGCAAGUGCGCUCUCAUGCUGACGGGAGGUUGGUGGUUUGACGCAUGUGGUCCUUCAAAUCUGAACGGGAUGUACUACACCGCGGGGCAGAAUCACGGAAAGCUGAAUGGAAUAAAGUGGCAUUACUUCAAAGGGCCCAGUUACUCCCUACGUGCAACAACAAUGAUGAUCCGUCCAUUGGAUUUCUAAUUCUUCAAGAACCAGACAAUGUUCAUUUGCGAAGGUUCUAAAGUCAGUUCUGAUUUCAGCAUCAAAUGACUGAUUGGCAGAAACAUAGAAACAUUUGUUUCCUACUCUCAGAUGAAUUUCAUUGACUUGGAACAAGGCAUCAAUAUAUGUUAUUUCAAAAAAAACAUAAUACAACAAAACAAUGUUCUCAAGAACUUCACAUUUUCAUCAGCAGAACGUGAAGACAAAUAAACUGCCCGAUUUGCAUUGUUACCACGGAAACAAACGUUUCCGAUUUCUCCUGAUGACAAUAUCAGCGGGACGUUUUUAAUAACGAACUAUGUAGAUAUGAAUAUAGUAGUUACAAAGUAAUAUUAAAUAUCAGUUUGAUGCAGCUCCCGAGAGAGCCUCUUCAUCAGAAGACCCAAAGGUUUGUUUAAAAGCCAUUUUGUUUGAAGAUUAUUCUUGUAUUCAGCCAUAUUUUCUUCAGCAACCACAGCCUGUCAACCAUUCAGAAAUCAUUAUUUCUUCGUUCUUGGUUCAAUCGAAAGUUUCCAUGUUUUUUUCCGCAGACCUUCAUUAUUGAAGUUACAAAUUAUAUUGAGCACAAAAACAUCUGCAAACUCUUUAUUCUGAAACCAUCGUAAAUCACGAUACAAGAUUAAUAUUCAUUCUACUAUUCAAAUAUGAAAUGGUUAUGUAAAAGGAAAAAAACAUUGUACUGAAUACAUAGCCACGUGCAUUUAAUAAGCUGUAGUAGAUGUGUAUACGGCAGUAAGUACAUUUUCACUUAGUAUGUUACUCAUAUAUAUACUUUUUGCCGGAGCAAUGUAUAUGAAGUAUAAUGUGCGAGCAGAUGAGUACCAUUUGUGAUACCCUUGUUUAACAAUACACAGCUAUUAAAUGUAUUCUUUCACACAAUGUUAAAGUUUGUUUUUCACACAUUAAAUUAAGAUUUAUUUUUGUUA